AAAGGAUAUAAGAAAUCUGAAAGGUCAUCUUCGCCUACCCUCAUACAUUAGAGGUGUCCCUGUGUCUCGCAGGGGAAGUCAUUAAGAAUUCAAGACGCCGUUCGCACUCAAAGUCCAGAUUGUGUACAAAGAGGGACAAUUUAUGACGUAGCAUCAUGGCUUUCUUGGGAAGAGAUAACCAUGAAGAUCUUAAUUAUAAUCCGGACCAAUCCACGGGUCCCAGACAAGUGAAUUCCACCUCCUUUCUGCUGAAUGCUACCCAGGAAUUAGACGGAGAACAUUCCCAUUCCUCACCAGGGGUUUUGACACGUUCCCCCACCACCCCAGAUAUGCCCCGCCAAGACCAUUCCCUGGACCACAUUGUGGAUUUGUUUGAUGAUGUGCAGAAGAUAUUUGAACGUUAUCCCAGUCCCAGGUUUGAUGUCACCGAUUUGUCUGCGGGAUCGGAGUUGUUGCCAUCAGAACAUGUCACAUCAAGGGACGGAGAUCGGGUGAUUCCUGCAAAGGAUGCUAUGAUGUACACAGAAGAUGAUUUUAGCAGCCAUAGAAGUAAUUCCUUCCCGCACAUACAUCACCCUUUGCGGCCACUGAGAAGCAAGUCUCACAAAAAUGUCCGGCAUUCCGACCACCAUAAAAAGAAAAAGAAGAAGAAACGAAGGAUGCAUGUGAAUAAAAGCUUCCCGUCCAAAUCUGCCGUACAGUCGCCACCAAUUCCCGAGGAUGAUGAAGAAGAGUAUUGUUCUUCAUAUGAUUCCUCGAGUGAUUCCUCAAUCAGUCGUCGUAAUAGCUCCGUUAGUCAGGAUUUAGUGGACGCUCCUCUAGUCAUUACUGAACAAAGUGACCUUGAACCCUCCUCAAGUGUUGACCUUGACAAGGUUUUGAGAGAUGUGUCCCCAGAACCUCCUACCCCCUCGCCUACCAAUACACAUUUAGAGGCACCUAAAACACCCGAAAGAAAACCUUCUGAAAGAAAGGUUGCUGAUUUUUUCAUUGGUGAGAAUGAAUCCUCCCCACCCCGGGAGACUUUAACACCCUCCGUGGAGAAGAAGCCAUUUGUCCCCUCAUUUAAUGAGAUGCUGAGUCAAAGUUCAUUUACUACGGAGGAACACUUCCAGUUGUUAGACUUUGGGAACUCUGAACAAGAACCACUUCUGUCUGAACAAGCCCAGCGCAAACCAGCAGGAAGUUCAAGGUCACUUCUGGAUGAUGGCAGAAGUCGAGUGCAUUUCUCUGUGGGUGGUGAAGACAGUACAGCAAACUUGCUGAGUAUUAAGGGAGAUACAGAAUCUGUGUCCUCGGACCAAUCACAGAACAAACGAAACAGGGCAUCAUUUAAUUCAAUGGGCAGUGGAAAGUCAAGUAAGUCACAUAGACACAAACGCCACCAUGACCACUACAAGACAGAGGAUUUGUUGCUUAGGAGACAGAAAGGCAGUGAGGUCCACCUGGAUGUUGUCAUUAAGAGCGAGCCAACAGAGGUGGAUGAGGCACAGAUGUUACACAAAGCCGAUCUGGAUGAAAUGGCCAGUCACCGACUGGAUAAGCUUCAUGGAAUAAGACGGCAUCGACUGACAAAGAACCACAGUGCCAUGUCAUCCAUUGUCCACAUUGGUAAACACAAGAAAACCAAACACAAGAUGUUCCAACCAAAGAAGAAAUUCGAUCACCGGCCUCAUGAAGUGUUUGUGGAGUUAGAUGAACUGUACGGAGAUGAAGAGAAGUAUGAGUGGAGAGAGAAAGCUAGGUGGAUCAAGUUUGAGGAAGAUGUGGAGGAAGGAGCCGAGCGGUGGGGCAAACCUCAUGUGGCAUCUCUGUCCUUCCACAGUCUGCUGGAGCUCAGGCGGUGCCUAGAAAAUGGGACUUUAAUCCUAGACCUUGAGGCUGAGGACCUUCCUAGCAUUGUGACAUAUGUCGUGAAUGACAUGGUAAUCCACGACCAAAUCAAGAGUGAGGACAAAGGCAAAGUCCUCAAGACACUGCUGAUGAAGCAUAAACAUGUCGGAGACAAAUUGAACACUUUUAUUCGUCGCAACAUUUCCUACAUGAAUCUCAGCGGACUUGACAGCAGCAAUAAAAGACAUCAAAAAGAAAAGUUGUCUUUGAGACGUUCCCUAACCUCUGGCAGUUUUCGUUCCUCUGCAUCGUUAGACAAAAUGCCUGACACCCCCUCUGAAACACUUAUAAAGAAGGAAAAGGAAGCGGCAGAAAAAGCUAAAAACAAUGAAGUGAAAAACCUAGAAUUUGUCAAAGUUAAUGUAGACAAUAACAUGCAUGCUGAUGGGGUACAUAUUGGAAUCACAACGAACGAGAGUCGACAGAAGAAUAUUCAGGAUAUCAUGAGAAGAAUACCCAAGGACGCUGAGGCCUUGACGGUACUGGUAGGCUGUGUCGACUACCUCUCUAAGCCAGCUAUGGCAUUUGUUCGUUUAGCUGAGGGUCAAGUGCUGGAUAACCUUACGGAGGUUCCACUUCCUGUCCGUUUCUUGUUUGUGCUCCUGGGUCCAGAAAGUGCCAUGGACUACCAUGAAGUUGGCCGUUCUAUUUCUACACUAAUGGCUAACCAGCAUUUUCAUGACAUUGCCUACAAAGCUGUCAGCAGGGAUGAGUUGCUUCACGCUAUCAAUGAAUUUUUGGAUGAAUCCAUUGUUUUACCCCCUGGAGACUGGGAUCAGAAAACUCUCCUUCCUAUUAUGGACAUGGCCAGGAAGAAAGCCCGAGCCAUGAGAAGAAAAAAGCACAAAGAAGAGGAGAAAAUAGCUCUGUUGAAGAAGGAGGAGGAAGAUAAAAUUCCUCUAGAUCCUUUGAAAAGAACAGGGCGUCUGUUUGGGGGACUUGUCAAUGAUGUGAAGCGACGCUUUCCCCACUAUCUGAGUGACUUUAAGGAUGCCCUCCAUUUCCAGUGUGUUGCGUCCUUUAUUUUCAUUUUCUUUGCAUGUUUAUCACCAACAAUUGCCUUUGGAGGUCUUCUAGGUGAGAAAACAAAAGAAUAUAUGGGAGUAACAGAGACCAUCAUCAGUACGUCACUCAGUGGUGUUUUGUUCGGCUUGUUCUCCGCUCAGCCCAUGAUGCUCCUUGGAGCCACUGGUCCGGUCUUAGUCUUUGAGGAAUCAUUAUACCAAUUUUGUACUAGCUAUGAGAUAGAGUUUCUCCCUAUGCGGUUUUGGAUAGGAUUUUGGGUUAUGUUAAUUACCUUUGUUGUGAUUGGAUUAGAAGGCAGCUAUCUUGUCAAACACAUCACUCGCUUCACUGAAGAGAUCUUCACCAUUGUCAUCUCACUCAUCUUCAUCUAUGAAGUUGUCAAGAAAAUUAAGUCAACUUUUGCUGAUCACCCAUUGAUGGAAUCAUAUGAAGACUGCAAAAGUAGUACUAACAAUGCCUCAUAUAAUGUGUCAAACAACCCCACAUAUUAUGUAUCAAUCAACGAAACCUCCUCUCAGUCAACCCUGACACUGUACGAUAAUGACCACAUAAAAGAUCAUCACAGCUAUCAUGCCUCUACCCCUCCCAAGCCAAACACUGCCCUCCUGUCUCUUGUUCUUAUGUUGGGGACAUUCUUCAUUGCAUACUUCCUGCGAAUUUUCAGGAAUAGUAAAUUUUUAGGCAGAAGUGCCAGAAGAGCUCUUGGAGACUUUGGUGUAGUCAUUGCUUUGUUUCUAAUGGUGCUUCUUGAUGCUAUUACACCAACAGUAUAUACUCAGAAAUUAUUGAUCUCCGAUGACUUUGAACCCACGGACGUUAAAAAGAGGGGCUGGUUUGUUCACCCCAUGGGAAUUAAGAAACCAAUGAAAACAGAUAUGAUCAUCGGAGCCAGUCUACCAGCUUUUCUUCUCUUUAUUCUACUUUUCUUAGAAACCCAAAUUACAGAAAUGACUCUGAACAAAAAAGAGUUCAAAAUGAAGAAGGGCUCAGGAUAUCAUUUAGAUCAAGUGUUGCUUGGGAUCCUCUCUUUCAUUGGGGGGCUGUUUGGGUUACCAUGGAUGUGUGCUGCUACAGUCCGAACUCUGUGCCAUGUUUCAUCUCUCAGUGUAUAUAGUCGAUUCCAUGCUCCUGGUGAAAAACCAAGACUUGUUAAAGUUCGGGAACAACGGGUCACAAGUAUUGCUGUCAAUUUAUUAUUAGGUUUAUCAUUGUUGUGGGGUCCUUUGUUACGACUUAUACCUAUGGCUGUUCUUUUUGGCAUAUUCCUGUAUGUGGGCGUGUCUGCUCUAAGCAGUCUUCAGUUAUAUCGUAGAAUGAAGCUGUUAUUUAUUCCCAACAAACAUCAUCCAUCCAUUGGUUAUGUCAGACGGGUCCGAACCAUUAAAAUGCAUUUAUUCACAGUGAUACAGGUGUUGAUGCUUGGUUUGAUGUUCGGUCUCAAGCUCUCCCCUGCUGCUAUAGCCUUCCCUCUCUUUGUUAUUCUGUUGAUUCCAGUCCGCCUCAAAGUUAUGAAUUAUUUCUUUUCCGAGCAAGAACUUGGUGAGCUUGACAAAGAAGAUGAAGACAGCGAAUUUGAAGAUGAAGAUGACAGGGACUUUUACCAGCUGGCCCACAUGCCCAUUUAAAGUUCUUUGUUUCAAAUGCUCAGCAUGUGCGAUGUCUUCAUGCACUGCUGGUUCCUAUUUGCAAAUUUUCAACUAUUUUGUACCACUACAUGUACCAGAACACAGUGGUGCAAAAAAUUGUGAUAUUUUUUAUUGUAUGUGUUUUAAUCAGAUUUUUUAUUUGUCAAUUAUGGUAAAAUAUUUUUGGGUAGGAAAUUUUGAAGGGUAAAGUAAAUGUAAAUCAAGUGUAUAUGCCAUUUGUGUGAGUUUUAAACCAGCCAAAUGUGUUUAUUUUGAAUUCUGUAUUUUUGUGAAAUCCAGUUUUAUAAAGUAUCAUUUUAUACAAUACAUUAAUAUGAGGAAAUGUUAUUUUGUAAUGAGUGAUCUUUAUGGUUGAUGAAUUUGUCUCCCAAAAUGGUGCCAAGUUAAAGUCCCAUGGAGGAAAUAAAGAUAUAACUCAAAAAAAUAAAGCAAGUCUAGCCCAUGUGUUGUGGUCCCAAAAUCAUAACUUUUCAUAAUUGAAAAAAGAACUUGCAAUAUAGGGUACACAGAGUAAGAUGCAGGGUAAUUUCGGAUGAAUUUAUAGCAUACUUUAUUUUCAAGUUCUCCGAUGGUAUUUUGUAUCAAGCCAUUUAGCACUGCUUUUAAAUGUUUUACAUCACUGUGUAUGAUCCUCAUUUAUAACAUCAUUCCAUAAAUGAACAAAGAAGUGGUUUUAAUGUUAUCUGUUUCAAGGUUCACUGAACAAAUUUUGUAAUGUUUUUAAUUAGAUGGACAAAAAUGUUAACAGAAUUCAGGUUGGUGCAUGAUGAAUAAUAUGUAGGUGCUACUGGCAGUUUUAGCAAUAAAGAUAAAAGUAGUACUGUAGUGGAAUUUAAAAUAAUCCUUGCCUCACCUAUAUAUUGUUCCCAAGUUUUACUCAUAAAUUAUCUUUACUGCUUAAACAAAUUAUUUUUAUAUAUUUUUUUUAAUAAAGGGCGAUAACUUGUACUAAAAUAGUAAUGCAUUUUUUACUCCCAUUUAAAACAGUAUUAUCUUUUCUGUAGGAUUGAUGUUAUUGAUAAAAAAAAAUAAGGAAUAACUUAGAACUGUAUGAAAUGUAGAAUUAGCCUUAGGAGAGGGAAAUUUAUUACUCUUUUCUCCUGUAGAAUCGGUUCUGCUCAAAGACAGCUGGUGCUUUCUAGUCUCUCUACCAAGGAAAUGAUCUUAUUUCUUACCAUAGUAGAUGUAAUGUCUAGUCAGAUGUAUAUGAAAAUAAAUGGCAUUUAGAGUUACAAGCCACUUAGCAGGGCAGAUAGCUGGUAGGAUUAUGGUGGUUUUAAGUUACUUUUUAUCUUUCUAAUUGAUUAAACCUUGGAUAUUGAUCAUCAGACAUAGCUGAAAACAAGUGCAUUUACUGUUUCUUCCCUUUUCAGUGUAAUCUUUUCUUUAUUGAGUUACUUUUUUAUGAUCUACAGAUAUGAAUGUAAAAAAAAAGUGUGUGUGUCUCUCAUGUUCUGUAUAACUGUUUGACAUGCAAAAACUCCAAACACAAAUGUGUUCAUUGACAUUUUGCAAAGAGCAAAUUCGGCAUUUAUCAACGAUAGAGGAACAACUGUUGAGUGUUGUGUCAGUUGAUGCACCAUGGAAUAUCUCUGAAAAAAUGAAGCUAUAUGUAUUAAAUCUUUUUUUAAAGGGAUUUUCUCUUUGGACUCCAUUUUUACUUUGUUUACUUGAACUGUAAACCAUUCUGUUAACUUUACAAACUACAUAGAUAAGAGGAUAUUUUUAUUGAAGGGGGGUUUAGUAAUUUUUUUUUAAUUGAAAUUACAACUCCUCUACAUAAGAAAUUAUUAUCUUGAAUAUAAAUAAGGAGGUGAAUGAUAUUAAAAUGAAAUCUUAUAUUAUUUUUCUUUUUGUGUGUGUGAUGUAUAUAGUCUAGUAGUGUAAGGAUGUAUUGUGUUGAUAAUGUAAGAACUAAGGUAUAUACCUAUAUAUAGAUAUUGAUACAGUUUAAGUAUAUGUCAUUCUUGCUCAAUCAUGAUUUUCUUACACCCCCUUUUUCUGCCACAUAGAACAUUCCCUUGUUUGUAUAUUUCAUUUUUAUUCUGUAAAUAUAGAUUUAUCAUUAAUUUUUGUAAUAUAAACUAAAAACAGACAGCUAUGUUGCAUGCACUAGUAAUGCCAAGAUUGUUAAGGUAUCUUUUUUGUUAUGUCAUUUUGUCUCAUUUCUACUGAUAAAUUUAGUAUGGUAUACAGGUCAAUUUGACUAACAUUUAUGUUAAUAUUUAUGCUUUAAUUAAUUACAAUUUUAGCCUGAUAGGCUGUUUAGUCAUUUCUUGUUGACUCUCAUUUUAAUUCCAGAUUCCAUACCAGUUCUAGAACACAGCUAUUGAUUCCAUAUAUCUUUCGGUAUAUAUUCAAAGUACCUGUAUAGUAAAGACUGUUACAAGUGCUAUACAUUUUUGCCAUAUGAACAUGAAGUUAUGACUGUAUAAUGAUGACUAUUUAAGAUUGUUGGUUCGGGUAGAAUACCUGAGACAUGGGAAGUCUGUGAUUAAAGGUUGUUUUGUUUUAAAA